AUGCCUAAUUUCUAUACCUCACACUUGCAUCUGCUGUUGUUUGCUACUCUGUGGAGCCUCAGCUACCUGAGUUUGCUUACUGCCUGGCCAGAUAUCGGUCGAAGCAAGCCCAAAGAGCAGUUGGACCCUAACGUAAGGGACUGGGGAGACUAUUCUGACCUCCCUCCAGGAAUUGAGCAGGGACUGGGUUUGGAUGAAGACACAGAACAUGGAGACAACAGAGGACAUGGAAAGUCACCCAGCCUGGCUCCGGAGCUGGAUUUCUUAGCUGAUUUUGCAGGCAAAAAGCGGCUCUGGGUGAUCACAGCCCCAUCGCACAAUGACCAUUACCUUCGUUUGAUGGAGAAACAGCUGGAAGACACAGAGCAGAAAGGGCUGAACUGUCACCUAGCAGAAAGAGACACCUUCAUCAUCAUCAUCAUCCAGAAUGCCAUGAUGGAAGGUCGGAUUCAGAAAACAACUUUGCAAGGAGAUGCCACAGUAGAGAACCUGGACCCUGACAUAGUUAUAAAACUGUUGCACUACCUGGAUCUAACAAGCCAGGAUCAAGGGUUUACUAUGUUGGUUGUGAAGAAGAACCUUCUAGUCAGUGAGCAGUUUCCCUAUCCGGUGCGUGUUGAAGCAAUUUUGGAAGUCAUAGACCAGUUCCCCAUGAGGCAGUUGGAGAAGAUGACCAGAAAAGGAUCCAACUUGAGGUGUAAAACCACUAAAAAGAAGGUUGUGCUGAAAAGGAAAAAGGUGAAGAAGAAGAUGGUGCUGAGUCCUCAGAGGCGAGGAAAUUAUACUUCUGCUGUUGCAUUACAAAGAAAACCUCCACUGGACAAAAAAGCUGCCCUGAAGAGUAAGAUCCAAGAUAUACUUAGUGGACGUUCGAGGUUUGUUAUCCGCAAAAUGCCUGCUGUGGGCUCCACAGGGGGAAAGGAUUCAAGUAGGGGUGGAUGGGCCACUUCUGACGGACAGGAAAAAAAGAAAGUGGACAGUCCUCCAUCUGCGUCAAGGAGCAAUGAAGAAGCAAAAAAAGACAGGCCUGACUCCAUUGUAGAAGAAGGAAAGAAAAGACAAGGAGGGCAAAACAGUGAAGAUAAAAAAGAGGAGAAUGUAAAGGAUGACAUGCAGGAAAAACAGAGCUCUAAGAAAAAAGGCAAAGGGAAGAAAGGGAAGAAAAGGAAAGGAAGUGGGAAAAAGUCCAAUAGAGAGGUCAGUGAGGAGGAUACAACAGCCUUGAAGGAUUUUUUGGACAGUCUAAAGGGGACCAGAAGGUUGAUGCUGAUCUCAACGCCCAGCAGAGAUACAACACUGUAUGUCCAACAGAAAGAGGAAGUUGAGAAGCAUCACUGUAACCUCGCAAUGAGGAAGAUCACUGUGGCAACCAUUGUAGGUGAAGGCAGUGAUGCCACACUCACGUUACAACAUCAUCAGCUCGAAUCAGAGCCUCCACUCAGUAAACUACCAGCGCCUGUCUCAAAUCCAGGCCUGAUCUCCCUGCUGAGAGCAGACCUUGGCUUGUCGUCCUCUGACCUCUUUUCCAUGACAGUCACAGACUAUGAUAUCAAACCCAAUAGAGUCUUUGAGGCUCCUCCAUCAAGUCCUGCUCUGUUUGAAUACAUUGACAACUUUCCCUCGAGACGCUCAGAAGAAGAAAAAGAAAGGAAAAGUCCUCCGGUCUGCUCCAGUGGCAAGCAACAGCCAAGGGUAGAGAACUCACUGCUCAGGUUCACGUCUACGAGGAGACUGCUGAUCAUCUCUGCUCCCUCUGAGGAUGACUACUCUUUCCAACAGCAGCUCUCUGCUCUGAGGGGACAGGAGUGUCACCUGGGCAUUCGCCAUUUUGCCAUGUUAAAGCUGACUGGAGCAGGAGCUAAAGCAUCAGGAACUGUUGAGCUAUUUCCCCUGAAUGGUCAUAGUCAGACUGAGGUUGAGCUGUUACCCCGUGACAUGGUCAACAAUCUGAGAGAACAGCUGAAGAUCAGCAAGGACUAUUUCAGCAUGCUGAUUGUGGGGAAGGACAGCGAUGUCAAGGCAUGGUUCCCAUCACCCAUGUGGUCCUUAGAUAACAUCUAUGACCUGGUGGACUCCAUGGAGCUCCGCCUCCAGGAGGAGAAGCUGCAGAAGAGACUGGGGAUCCACUGUCCUGAGGACAGAGGAAGAGGAAGCAGCGAGGUGGGACACUAUCAUGAGUAUGAUGAAGACAGGGAAGAGGAGACAUACUUGCAUCACCAGUCAGAGGAGUAAUGAGGAAGCAGCAGGAAGAAGAGGAAGUGGAAUGAAGAAGAGCUACCUACAUACAUUCUUGAGAUGACAGAAAAUACAUGAACACAUAGAUUUGUGAACACAUAGAACUGAAAAACAAUGAUCGCAAACAUCUUCUGGACUCACAGGACUCAGUACAUAGAAUUUAAAUAGAUGAUACUGGUACUGGAUACUACAAAAAUCAGAUGGAUAUUUUAGUGUUUGCACAUUAUAAAUAUGAAAAGUGAAGCAAAAUAUAGUGGAAUGGCUCUUAAUGAAAGAGCAUACUGUACAUAAACUCUUCAGCAGUUUUUUUUUCUUGAAAAUCUGGUGCUCUAUUAUUAUUACAGGAACAGUGAAACAGGAGGAAAGUUCAUCCAAGGCUGAGCAGAUUGUACUUCUUGGCAACACUUCUGUCCAGUAUAAUGUCGACAGUUCCCCUAUUAAAAAUCAUGAUGAAAUUCAAACUGCAUUUAAAUGAAACAAAAUGUUCAUUUUUUAACUCUCAGCUAAACAUCUGUUUCUUAAAGAGCUGCAGUCUGCAGGCACCUCAGGGUCAGCAAAACACAGAGAAAAUAACGACUAAAUGUUUGCAUGCCUCAGGACAUUCUUUUAUAACAUCUCU